UCUCCACACUGUCUAACAGCAAAGUUUAACAACUAAAACAAAAUUCUUUUUAAAGUUUCGUGAUUUCAAAUUCCAUUUUUUAAUUUUGGAAUUUUAAUUCCAGAUGGGAAAAGGAGGCGGUUGCGUACCGAGCAAGAACAAACGCCGCCUCGCCGUCACCGAAGAUCCACAUAAUGAACCUCGCGACGUUCCGAUCGCAAACGACGACGUCUCCGUUGAUAAUGUGACGGCGACGGAAACAACAAUACCAAUUGCGACGAUCAAUGAGUUGUCCACGUCAUCGGACUUGAGAAUAUUUAUUGUUUUUUAUUCAAUGUACGGUCACGUGGAAGGAUUAGCUAAGAGAAUGAAGAAGGGAGUGGAGGGAGUUGAAGGAGUGAGAUGUGAAUUGUAUCGAGUUGCUGAAACGCUGUCGUUUGAUGUGUUGGAGAGUAUGAAGGCUCCGGCUAAGGAUCCGGAAAUUCCGGAAAUAACUGCGACUGAGUUGGCGGAGGCGGACGGUGUUUUGUUUGGGUUUCCGACUAGGUAUGGUUGUAUGGCUGCUCAGAUGAAGUCUUUUUUUGACUCCACUGGUCAGUUGUGGAAGGAACAGAAACUCGCCGGAAAACCUGCCGGAUUCUUUGUUAGUACCGGAACUCAAGGCGGCGGCCAAGAAACCACCGCAUGGACAGCAAUUACCCAGUUAGCUCACCAUGGAAUGCUAUUUGUUCCCAUUGGUUACACCUUUGGAGCCGGUAUGUUCAAGAUGGAUUCUAUUCGAGGAGGCUCACCUUACGGUGCUGGUGUUUAUGCCGGUGAUGGCUCCAGAGAGGCAACUGAAUUGGAACUGGCACUAGCAGAACAUCAAGGCAAAUAUAUGGCUACCGUAGUGAAGAGACUUGCUCAGGCGGCUUGAGAAUGUUCAUAAUCUUUCGGAACACGCGCACAUUUGUGAAUUUAUAGUUUUCUUCUGUGUCUGAUUAUUCAUUUGUUUGGAUUUGUUUGUAAUUGGUUUUUCUGUUAGAUAUGAGGUUUGUCAAUUUUUUUAUGUGAUAGCUCAGUUUUAGCUGUGUUCAUAUACAUUAUAAGUACUUCGGAUUGUUUUUGUACAUGAUUUGAAUUUGUUCUAGCCUGAUGAAAUAAUGAUUGUGAAUCGACCAA